AUGACCCUUCGCGCUCAAUCCAGGUUCAACUUCAUUCGCAUCACAAGCUGUGCUAUCUUCGGGUUUCACUUUCCAUUGGCUUCCUUCCCUGGACGGGGUGUUCUUUUCGGUCUUUUGCUCGAGGUAUUGUUGGGAAGCUGCUCUAUUUUCCCCUCGGGUCUUCUUUGCCGCUCUGCAGUGAUGGCAACCAGAGUAAUUCCAACGCGCGGUGGUGGUCAAGGUAAACCCGCUUCAGCCACCGGACUGCCUAACCAAACUUUGUAUUGUACCAAUCUCCCAGACAAGCUGCGCAAGCAUGACCUACGGUUAUCCCUCUAUAUGCUUUUUUCAACCUACGGCACCGUUCUCGAUGUUGUCGCCAUGAAGACCCAAAAGAUGCGCGGUCAGGCCCAUAUUGUUUUUAAGGAUGUCCAGGCUAGCACACAGGCUAUGCGGGCCCUCCAGGGUUUUGAGUUCUUCGGCAAACAAAUGAAAAUUGUGUAUGCUAAAGGUCCCUCGGACGUCAUUGCUCGGCUGCGCGGAACGUAUAGUGUGCCCACUACAACAUCUGCCGGUCAAACCACGGGAGCAUCCACAGAGCUCCAGAAAUCGAUUUUUAGCGGCCCCCCCGGAUCGGCGGCUUUGCCGUCGAAGCCCAGCGGAGAAGUCAAUGGAGAAGCUCAAGCAGGCCAAGGUGUCAAACGGCCUCGUGAGGAGGAGAGCGACGAAGAGGAAGCCCCUAUGGAUGAGGACAGUGAUGUGCCAAUGGAAGCUUCAUCGGAUGAAGAUUAA